AGCGAAAUCUAGCGACGCGCAAUCGCCCGCGUUUGUUUAAUACGUGUUGACGUUUGUUGGCUUCAAAAAUGCCGCCAACGACAACAAGAAACGGGGUUGGGCUCCGUCCGAGACGAGCAUCCCGGAUCGAUUAUGCAUCGUUGAAUUCGGUAGGAGAAAUUCUGAUUCGGCAAGAUACAACAACGACGAAAACAAACGCGGACUUCGUUACUGAAAUUGUCCCAUGCAGCGUACUCCUAAAAAAACUUACUUGUUCCGAGCUCGACAGUUACGGUUGUACAGGUCUCACUGGCAUUAAUCCAUCAAAAACUGGAACAUCAGUUACCAAUAAAGGAAGCAAAACGAUAACCAGAAGCAACGUGUCCCUGUCGGAACGUUUCAGUAACGUUACAAGGCGGACUAAAGCUAGACGUACUGAAAACCUACCGGCAGUGAAGCAAAAUGAGACUGCAAAACCACGUCAUACCAUCAGCAUUGUCGACUGUUCGAUCAUUUCGCUAGACGGAAGCACUAACGAUAGCAGAAUGGCCCUAAAAUCACAAAAUUUACCAAGUCCAAAACUAACACGUCGCAGAGCGAGUCUUACAAAAACUGGUGCCAUGGAACCGCAAACGAAAGCGACCGAAAUGUCGACAGAAAACUUUCAGACGAGUCGCUCCGCAUCGAAGCGCAAACAAGAAUCCUCUGUUCCGGACACGGGCGUAUCCCCACCGAAGAAAGUCCUAGAAGAUCACGUAUCGAUUGUGGAAAUAUCGAUAGAUCGAGAGGAGGGAACCGCCCAAGAAAUAAUAGAGCACCCGACCGAAGCAACAGCAUCAACAAGCACGGCGCAAAUCAAAAGUCUCCCGAAGCCGGACGGCAAUGCUUCGAAAAAGUUGCCAAUUGAGCCGUUCAAAGACCUCAUUGUAUCCGUAAAACGCGUUGGACCCGCCAUGACAGAGGCCGAACUCAGAAGUCUGAAGUAUUAUGAUCCAGAUUCGGCCAAGGGUGCAAUAAAUGAUGAUCACCGACGGAGUGCUCUGGGUGAGGACCGUAAAACGAUCGGGCAAAAGAAACGUUCAAAUCGCAUAACGUUUGCCAACAAACCCCAAAAUGUUAUCGCUAGUCCAAUCGCUGAGGAUCCAGAACCCGAUAGUCCCAAACUUGACAACAAUCGAACGAUUAGCGGCCAGAGACGACGGUCGAUCCGUUUAUCGUUGUCUGCUAAACUGACACCGAACGACCGGGUGAUUGAUAUUUCCAGUUCGCUUCCGGGCGACCCGGAACCCGCCGGUUCCAAAUUUGACGAAAAUUGGAAGCUGUUCGAACAGAAGCACCGAUCGAGCCGCCCAUCGUUACCCACCCAAUCAAAGGCGACCAACCGGCCGAUAAUUAUAUCUAGCCCUAUUGCGGAGGAUCCGGAGCCCAUCAUCCUCGAACCGCCGAUCCUAACGGAAAUCCAAACCCAACCGCUUGGUACUGAGGAAAAUCACAAGAAUGUCUUACCGAAACGGCGUCAAUCCCGUUCGUCAAUGUCCACCGGAUCACAAAUCUUUAUCUCCGACCUAAUCACCGAGGAUCCGGAACCCGCAAAUUCCGAACAGUCAAUGGAAAUGGACUCAAAUUCAAAUAAACACAGUGCUGAAGACAACAGCGCGAAGCAGAUCGAAAUGAAACGGCGAUCAAGCCGUUUAUCUUUCUCCAACAGACCGAAAUUGACGAACCAGCAGAUAGUUAUUUCCAGCCCGAUUGCUGAAGAACCGAUAAACCUCGAUCUCGAAGUCACACAAAUCGAUGCAAGCCUGAAUAGUCACAGUACCGACGGGACUCGGAACGUGAUCGAACAGAAGCGGAGAGUAUCCAGUCUAUCGUUGGCAACGAAACCGCAUAUUAUUGUUUCCGCCCCAAUCGCUGAGAGCAGUGCUGCUACAGACCGAUCAGAAACCGAUACAAAUGGGAAUAGACUGCUUCCUCCGGCUGCUAAGAAAGUACAGAAGGUAAAACCAUCUCGUUUGUCGUACGCAAUCGAGGAAGAAGAGAACGGUGAGGAUGUAUACGAAUUUCACUCCUGUAGUCAAACUAGUGAGACGCUGGGACAAUCAAAGGUACGCAAAAAACCGGGUCGUAAACCGAAACCGAAGAACGAUGCAACAAAACCAGUCAAGAAGCUGGCGAAGAAAAAGAAACCGUCCGGGACUAAAACUACCGUUUCAUGGAAACCGGGCCAUAACAAUCCGUUCGGCUGCAAUCGCAAGCAGUUGGCCAAUGUGAUCAAACAUAUCGGCGGUGGACCGGUCAAACCACCCGUAACGGUCGACUAUGUGGUCAAUUUAGAACUUCCAACGACACCCCAUUCCACCGUGGACCGUGGACAGCAGCACAAUCGAGACGAAAUCAUCGAUUUGCCCUAUCACGCAGCAUCCGAUCUUCCUAAACGGGUCCCAACUCAUCCGACGGUAGAGAAGUUAAAGAAAGGUGCAUCUCUUCAGCAACCGAAGACUUCUACACCAGUUAUCAAACUGACCGAAGCGGCACCAACGCCACCGUCCAAUCCAGUCUCUCCGUGGCGCCUGCAGGACGACCAUAUCAUCCCCCGGACGUCCUACAUGCCGCGGAACAAAGAAAUGCUUCCCAGCUACGACAGUUUCUUCGUGGAGGAAAAUAGCACCAGCGCACCUCUCAAACCGAAGGCUCCGGUUUCACUCGUCACGGAACGGCGCAAGCCGCCAUCCGGAGCACGUAGUGUGCAAGUGAGCAAGAAGGAUAUACAAGAGGUGGAACGCAUGCACCGUGGACUACUGGCAAUAACGGAAAUGAGCCAGAGGCUCAUCACCUCGAUGCGCCGUAAUAAGGCCGUGCCUGGGCUGCAGAAUUGCCCGGAGUACGAGGCGGAUGUGAAGGAAGCGUGUGUCAAAUUGAAGCAAUGGUACAAAAGUUCGAAGAAAGAUUUCCACCGCUCGGUACAUAUAUUGAACAAAAUUCAACGCGCCACCGACAACGACCAGAUGGAUUCGUGCCCUUCGCCGCUCACCACCGACCAGCAGCACACGCUGGAAUGCUUUAAUCAGAGCACCGAUCGGUUUCGCACCAUGAUCGAUGAGAUGCAGGCGGCCAUGAACGAUUCGAACGUAGAGAAUUGUUCCCCACCGUCGCCACCGAAGCAGGCGAAGUCGUCGUCGGUACAGCAACCGUCGCAGCAACCGUCGAAAGUAUCGGACGUAAUAAUACUUCCGCAACGGCUGACGCAUGGCCCAACAAGAAAUCCGUUGAUGCCGUUAAACUUUGUCCCGCUUCCGCAACGCACCAGUCCGCUGAUAUCUCCGUUAGCUGUGAACGAUCGUGGUGUCGCUUCGCUGGCCAAGGAAAACGUGCCAGAUUCCGCGGACAACAACAUUCGCCGAAAGCUGCAGUACGAAAACACCAAGGAGAAUGAGGAGGAAAAGGUCAAGGAGAAGCCGCCUGCCACGGAACCAUUCGACAAGGACACGACCAAGCAGCGAUCGGUUGAUACGACAGUGUUGGAUGACGUAAACCAUUCCGCCAAUGCGAUCCUCGAGGUCGCGGCCUAUGAAGUUGUGAGCGAUAGCAAUUCAAGCGCCGACACCUCCUGCAGCAUCGAUAAUUUGUUUGGCUUUGACGAGGAUGAACCCUCGCAAGGGUCGUCCACCCAGGUGACGCUACCGCUGCCAGCAAACAUUUCGACCAAAACGCUGAAGCAAAGUCUGGCGAACGUACGACAGUUCAUUCCCAAGCAACCCAUCUUCCGCCGGCAGCCAAAACCUACGCCAUCGACAUCCGGCGGCCCAACACGGUUGCCGACGGUGAAGCUACGGGUGUUCGGUAGCCCAACCAAGCGACCAUCGCAUACGCUUCGCGAAUUCGUUGCCUCAACACCGCGGGCAGAGUUGAGUCAGCUGGCCGCAACAGCAACCACACCUAUCGCUGGAACAUCGAAGAGCACCCAGCUGUUGCCGGUGGCAGCGACGCCCCAAGGGCAACAAGCUAUCGCACUGGAAGCGCCGGAUAUUUCUGCCAUCGAAAGCCUCAAUACGACGGUGGCAGCAAAGCAGCAUCCCAGCGACGGCAAAGAGCCGGAAGUGGUACUUUUCGAUACACCCGAAGAUUCCCACAUUAACCGCUCGGCACUUCAUCGAACGUACACACGUGUUCCACGGCGUAGACGUAAGCGGAAGAACGUCUUCCUGGCCAAUCUCGGCUUAGAUGACGAUGAAGAUGAUGAGGACGACGAAGGUGCGGCUGGUGAUGAUCCGGUACCGGGUGAUUCCGAUUCGGAUGUCGGCAGCGGAAACACACGAAAGAGGAAGGAUCGCACAAAGAAACCCCGACGCAAACCGAAGCCAGUGGAAGAGACCGCUGAGUUCAAACAAUUUGUGGAGGAGUUCAACAGUAUGUGCGAAGUGGUGGAACGGUUCCAGCCGAUCAUCGAGUGAUGAUCAACUGAGAAGUCGGUUAGAUGUGUAAAUAUUCUUGAAUUUUUUCCUAUACAAACGUUAUAUUUUGCUAUUAAUAUACGUCCUCGAAGGACAGAUGCAAAUUGUUAUUCUCCUUUACCUUUUAAAUGCAUCCUCAUAUAUGAAAUACACGCAGUAAUCACAACAAUUGAAUUCAGUUCGAAAAAUUGUGCGAUCGGAUGAAUGUUGAUUAAUAAAAUUCCACGAUUUUGAUGUAUUCCUUGA